AAUUACGACACGCACAUUCGCGAUUGGUAGUUUUUACGCAAGUUGACAGGAUAAACGUUUACCUGUCGGCUAUAUAAGCCCGUUGAGGUGUCCUUAGCCACAACACUCGCAUUUGGAACGCCUCGAAGUCAUGGACACAUCGCAGCUGUUGAUAUUUCGCACUCCGUUGGACGCACAGAGUAAGCUCAUUAUCUUUAAUUCACCGAUCGAUUACUCGGACCAACAGUUGAUCGUUUACCAAUAUCCGGGCAUCAUGGCCGGACACAGUGGCUACUGUGUCGUCUAUAAGCGGGAUCACUAUAUAAUCAAUAAUCCGCCAAAUUAUCAGAGUCCCACGAAGCGCAGUUUCCUCAACGAGUGCAUACGACAAUUGUACAUCAUGAAUGGAUUGGCCCACAAAUUGCACUGGGCACCCAGCACAUCGUUGAGCAACCGGCAGGAGAUCUGGCACCAGGUGAACACUUGCCUCCAGCCGGAACGCUUGAGUGUAAGAAACGCCAGCUUGCAACGUGUGAAGCGGCAACUUUUCGGGAAUCGCUACGAGCGCAAGAGGAAUCAGACCAUGCGUAGCAAAGUCUGGGGCGGCACACAGGGAUCUCAUUUUAGACCCCUCCGUCACCAGAUAGAGCGUAAGCACCUAAGACGUGGCUACUUGAAAGCUGCCCGGCAAACGGUGCUGCAGCAACUCAUCCGUGAGAGUCUGAAGCGUGAGAGGAUCAACACUCCGGCGGUCUGUCAAAGCAUCAUCAGUGCCGCCGAGGGCAUCAUCAAUGUGAAUGCCAGCGUGGUCAAUCGACUGACGGAACGGGCCAAGCGAAUGGAGGCCAUGUUGAUACAGGAGCAAGUGCGUCGUGCUGUGGCGAAUCAUCAGCUCAUCCUGGAGGAGUCUGUGCGUUCCAUGCUCUAUGCCAAGCAACUGUUCCGUCUCAUUGAAAAGCACGAGGAGAAACAGAUUCGCAACCGUGGAUGUUGUUAGGAUUUGU